UUUAGACACUACUGCCGCGCUUCUUGUCCUGAAGCUUCUGCUUCUGCUAACUGAUGCAUUCUGGGUAUUCAGAAAGGUGAGAGCGAUGAGUCAUAUUAAAGCUCUGAGCAAGGGGUUUUAUCAUGAGUCUGUGGACCAUUUAUUGGACCAUAAUUGUACUCUUUUCAGUACUGACCCAGUUGUCAGAAGUCAGAACUUUCUUGAGAUACUCGUCACUGCUUGUUCUUAACAUCCAAUUAAGCCCUAUUCAUGAAUUUUUCCUUGAGAUUUUUAAUUCUUUGUCUCUUUGUGAAGAAAGAUAAAUAGCACUGGAAGUCUGGUUUAAUUUCUCUGGAAGCAUGCAGCAUCUCCAACAGUUAAAAAGAAUAUAAUCUUUUGCUUUCUCCUUUCAGAAAAAAGCAGGAGGCAAACUUUGGUUUUUAUUUCUCUUACUUCAUCUUCAUAGUUCAUUCUCCUGCUUAUAUUCUUUCUCAUAUAUACUUUUUAUAUAUAUAUGUUUUGUUUGGUGUUAACCAAGUAAUAGGGUGUAUUGCAGACACUGGAUAUGGCCUGCUUUUACUCACUUCCCUAUAUGUCACUGCAUUGCACUUUAUCUAUUUCUUGAAUUUCUAUCAUGAUUCAUUAAAAUAAGGUUAUAUCAAUAUUGAUGAACUUUUCCAUUUACUCAUGCUUUUUUCCUUCUUGUUUUGAAAUAUGCUUUUAUUCAACUACUAGCUUGGAGUGAUGAAAUUUCAAGUUUCUGUUAGUAUCUAGAUAUAUUACUUGUUGUUUGAAGUUUUAUGUUAAUCUGCCGGUGCAUCCAAUUCUUACAGAUAUGAACAGACAUAGACAAGGAUGUGUUUUAGGUUUUUCAUGUCAUGCACUAUUUGUGUGAAAUGGAUUAUUGGAAGCAAUAAAAUUAGUUAUAGUUUGCUUUUUAUGCAACAUUAAACAAAAUCACUGGAAUAUAGUUCCUUAAUACUAAACAAACCAGCAAAAGGAAUAUUGUAUCUUUUGGAAUAUUAAUUAGUCCAUACUCCAAACAUGAACACAAUCACUGGAUCAUGUCAGUAGCACCAAAAUUAUGUAAACAUGAACCUGUUUGAAAUUUUGGCUAUUCUAUAUAAAACUACUACAGUGAGCUUGAUUAAGUUUUCUAUAUUAUUAACAUGAAGAGCUAAUCAGUCAUGAUCAGUUUUCUUUGAAUAUUAUGUUUUCAGGGCUUGACCAUUUUCUAGGUGAAUCAACGUUAAAUAGUGAAGGAAGUUUUUAAUAGUAAUUUUCUUCAGUUUUGUGGGUGAAGUUUUAGGGUUUUAAAGUUGGUAUCUAUCCACAUCCAGCUCUCCCUGAUGAUGAAGCUAGCAAUCAAUUAAUGGAGGCUAAACACAUUUCCAAAUCCUCUUUGCCAAAUGAAGAAGAGAAGAAAUAAUCUUGCUGCGGCGUGGUCGGUUCCAUUCCGGCAUCUUCCUCCUUUUCCAAGCUAGCUGCGGACUCAACUUAAUUCUCUUCACCAAAUUUAUUCUAUGCCAAUAAUCAAAUCAAACCAAAGCCAAGUUUGGAACCUUCAUAUAUAGUUCUUCUAUCCUUGGCGUCAAAAGCAAGGUGCGCACUAGCUCCUUCUCUCAAAACAGUGGUAGUAGCAGAUACUAGGAGCAACAACCAUAAAUUUCAUUGUUGAAGGUGCAACAUUCUACAAUGGAAAACCAGCAAUAAUGACAGAAACUAUAUUUAAGAUGAAUAAACGCGGUCCAACAGAAGCUGCAGAUUUUCCAUUAAAACAGGAAGGCCUUUCAAGUCAUGAUGAUGAUAAGGUCGCAAAGGCUUCAGCAGCGAGCUCAUCAGCAUCCUCACAAUGGCUGAAGUUGAAGGAUCCAAGGAUUGUGAGAGUGUCUCGCGCCUUCGGAGGGAAAGACAGGCACAGCAAGGUGUGCACAAUAAGAGGACUGAGAGACAGGAGAGUGAGACUAUCAGUCCCCACUGCCAUUCUCCUCUAUGAUCUCCAAGAUAGGCUUGGACUCAACCAACCAAGCAAAGUUGUUGAUUGGUUGCUCAAUGCAGCUAAGCAUGAAAUUGAUGAACUCCCACCUUUGCCUAUUCCCCCAGGAAACAUCACCCUUGGUUAUCCAUCUCUUGUUAGCCCAAAUACAACUCUCUGGAAAUCAAAGCCUAAAGAAGUAGUGGUUACUGAAAAAGACAAUUGGGUAAGUAGAAAUGAAGAUGAGGAUGUUAAACAAGGAAGCAAUGAAGAUGUUUUGCCAAACAAUGUAUUUCCAAUUAGAGCAAAUCAUCCAUCAUUUCUUGGCUUGCUGAAUACUGUUCAUCCACUUGGUUAUAAUCAGUUUGAGCCUUCAGCUAAUGUUGGUCAUUUGGCAAACCUUGGAUUUGUAAACCAAGGAGAUAUACCCAGCAAUAUUAAUGCUGUGACUUUCCCUUCAACAUUGACUUUAUCAACUCAGCCAUAUUUUCCUUCACAUGUGGGAGCAAUGGAGAUGGAUCCAAGACAAAUCAACCACUAUCAAAUGUUGAGUUCAAGUUCUCAGAAUUUAACCAUUUGUGAUGAUCUUCAUUCAUCUCAGCAUCUCAUGAGCCAAUCUGGGAAACCAUUCAGCUUUGUUGGGAAGUUCAACUUCAAGCAGAAUUAGCUACAAAAGUUACUCUUACAACAUUCUUCUCCUCUUACAAACAUGUGGAUGGAUCAUGAUCAUGACAGUGAGAAGUUCAUUUUAGUUAUCGGUUUGGAGAAUCAUUUUGCUUUCGUUAAAUUAGAUAUGUUUUGAUUGUAUGAUUUUCCAGUUUUAUAGGUAAGAAGACUUAAACUUCUCCAUUAGUUUCAUCUAUAUGGUUUGUAAAGGUCUACAAAUAACAAAGAAUGAUUUUUUUUCAUGGGGAAGAGAUUUCCUGAAGUGAUAAAGAAUUGUUCCACUAAAGAGAAA